AUGGCAAACACUGCUUCGGGUUUCCUCGAGGAUGCGGCUUACGACAAGAUUUUGUACGUGAGCAAAGACAGGCUGGAGGCUAUGAAAGGCAAGCUCAAGAAGAAAGCAGCGGACGUUACCAAAGAGGACGUCAAGGCUUUGAUGUAUCCAGAUGAUAUGGAAGAUGGCUCCAUGCUGGUUCCGGUUGAUGUGUCGGGCGAGCCAGAAGAUUUUCCGACUACUCCUGAAGAGCUCACGGCGAAGGUAGAGCCCAAAGCGGCAGUCACAGCUCUGAUAAAAGCACACGAUGCAUUCGAGAAGAGCAAGUCCAAGUUCAGCAAAGACAAGAGACCCAUUCCAAUGUCAGUGGGUGACUGGCUGACGCAUGUGUCCAUGGAGGAGGAUGGUGGUGAGGAGGGCGGAGAAGAAGAGGAGCUGGAGACAGACGAGGUGAUCGAGCCAUCGCCUAUGAAGAAGCGCAGAAAGCUCUGA